AGAAAUUCAAAAAUCAAUCUCCCUCCCCCCCCUCUCUCCCCUACGGUCUACCUUUCUACCUCUCAAAUCCCUCGCACCCUAAGCCCUAAAUUCAGAAUCAAUAAAUAACUUUUUUUUUCCCACUUAGAACCUUAUCGCAAUGAAUGAAUCCGAGCAAAAUUUCAGCUUCGAAGAAAAAUCGCUAAGCCUCAUUGAUGUCUCCUUUGAAGACGAUUGCCUUUAUAACUCACCUUCCCACGACUUCCAUGUCCGAUUCUCAGAUACUAAGAUAGGGGCCGAAAAUAACUUGGGUUUUGCGGAAGCCAACAAUACGCAAUCCAUGCUGGACUCCUUUGACGGGGGAGAACUAGGACCUGAUCCUAUUAAAUCAAUGGAACCAGAAAGGGUGAAAAAGAAUACAAAGUAUAACUUGCGCAAAAGCUUAGCUUGGAACAGUGCUUUCUUCACAAGUGCAGGUGUUCUGGAACCGGAAGAGUUGUCUAGCAUGAUUGGAAGCGAGAAACAUAUGUUACCCGGGAUUGAAGAGGAUAUCCAUACAUCUAGUGAUUCUAUAUCUACAUUAGCGAGUGAUAAUUUGACCUUGGUGAAUCUUGAGGAGGCUGACUUGUUUGGAGAUAUAAGAGCUUCAAUCCAGCGAUCCACUAAAGGGCCUGGUAUGGAAAAUUCAAGUAGCAAAGUGGGUUCUCCAAAAACAGAAAGCAAAACCAUCCGAUCUUCGGAGAAAGUGGAUGUUGCUUCUCGAAAUAGGGUACCAGCUUCGGAGAAAGUGGAUAUUGCUUCUCGAAAUAAGCUAAAGGCCAAAGCUGCUCCCAACAAGCCAAAUGCAAUCAUGCAAGGAACAGAGAAGACUGCAAAGCAGUUUGUUCCUAUAAAUGGAGAGGCAAAAUCUCUUUACAGGCCGCCCAAGAUAGUUGGCAGAGUUGGUCCCAUUUUAGCACCAGCCACUAAGAUAGCUUCCUUGGGUGCCAACCGUGUCAAAGUGGAAAGGGCUAAGGAUAAUCCAGAAAAUGCAAAAAAAAUAGCUGGUAGAGCGGCAAAAGUACCUGCUUUGAGUGGUCCCAGAAAUGCUGUGCCUAGGCCGACAUUGCCUGUUAAAUCUUCAUUGCGAUCUUCAUCAGCAAUGAAGACCGCGCUAACGGCUUCUUCCUCUAUUGAUAGUUCUGGAAGCUUGUUAUCAGACUGUAGCAGUAAAAAUUCAUUAAAUUCUGUGAGAAGAGAAAGUGACUCCAGAACUGGCAAUCAUACUUCCUCUGGUUCAAAUGUCAAAACCACAUUGAAAUUCCCAUCAAGAAAUAAAAACCAGUCAGCAUGUUCUCAUCUCUCACCUUAUUUGAAAUCUGUGGCCAAGCUCUCUUCCAGCAUAUCACCUGCUAGCUCCAUCAGUGAAUGGUCUUCAGCAUCAUUAUCACCGAUUUCUACCCUUAAUAAAAUGUCUAACAGUUCAAGAUCUAGCUUUGACAUUAGCUCUUGCAAAGAUGCUUCUGGGGACAGUGAUGCCUCCCAAGUUUCGGAUUCUCAAAACCAUUUAAAUGACGAAAACUCUGUUGGGUAUGGUACCCAAGUGGGAUUGCUGGGUGAGAGUGUAAAGAAAGUUCCUACAGGAAGAAGUUCAGUUCUCCAUCCAGAUUCGGUUAAACCCUCAGGCCUUAGUUUGCCAUCACCGAAAAUUGGUUUCUUUGAUGGGGGAAUUGUUACACCCACAUGUGAUUUGUCAAUUAUGCAGGUGAGACCAGCUGCACGAACUCCAAAUAGAAGCAAGCAAUCUCAUACAGCUCUGCCCAGUGGCUUGCCUGGAUUUAGGGCAGGAAGUGUUAGUGCAACUGGAGGGUCAAAAAAUGCAAAGCUUGGAAAGCUUCAGCCUGCUAGAACAGCACUUCGGAGUACCAAAAUUAGUGAUCAGGCAGCUGCCUUGGGCAUGAAAUCUAAAUCUCCCUUACCUCUGCAGGAAUCCUCAAAUGCAGCACCAAGGGCCUCUGGUGCUUUGAAAAACGAGAAACACAGUGCUAGCAAACCUCUAAAAGCUCAGAACAGAAAGUCAUUUCAAGGUGAAAGAAAAAGUAAUUUGAAGGCAGAGAAAAAUGGAUCAGAAGAAUGUGGCACGUCUCUGAAGGAUACAGAUAGUGGUUUUACUGAAGGGAAUGCGAAUGCCUGUUUUUUGAUGGAUAAAAAGGAGACAGAGAGCAAGAGUGAUGUUCCUGGAAAAGAUACUGGGAUUACUCUCCGCAAUGGAUUGCAUGAUAAGACUUCCGGCUUGACCUCUAUUCCCAAGGCUGAAAGUAUGACCUCAUUAGAGAAAGUAGGUGAAGAUGUGGUAUGUAGCCAGAAUUAUAUCAAGAAUAGUUUGUCUUCUCUUCACGGCACUAAUGAGAAGAAAAAAGCUUCUGCUGAAGAACAAGUUGAUGGUUUGACCAAACAAAUUGGAGCUGUAGAUUUUUAUAAUGAGUUGCACAAAGAAGCCAUAGGUGAUUCUCUUUUCCUUUCUCAAGAUGAUGUCGGUAGAGUUGCUUCUGGUAUUCAGGAGGAAUUCAAACAGUUGUCAAAGCCUACUUGCUCCCCAAAUCCUGCUAUGGCAUCAACAAUCGUGGAAGCAGAGAAGGCAGAGGCAGGAGUUGAGAAAGCUUCUGUUGAAGACCAAGUUGAUGGUUUGACCAAACAAAUUGGAGCUGUAGAUUUUCAUCUUGAGAUGCACAAAGAAGCUUUUGGUGAUUCUCUUUGUCUUUCUCAAGAUGAUGUCAGCAGAGAUGAUUCUGGUACUCAGGAGGAAUUCAAAGAAUUGCCAGAGCCUACUUGCUCUCCAGUUCCUGCUAUGGCUUCAUCAAUGGUGGAAGCAGAGAAAGAAGAGGCAGGAAUUCAUAAAGCUACCGCUGAAGACCAAGUUGAUGGUUCGACCAAACUUGGUGAUUUUCUUUCACUUUCUCAAGAUGUCAGCAGAGUUGAUUCUCAUGUUCGGGAGCAAUUCAAAGAGUUGUCAAAGCCUACUUGCUCUCCCACUCCUGUUAUAGCAUCAACAAUGGUGGAAGCAGAGAAGGCAGAAGCAGGAAUUGAAAAGGCUUCUGUUGAAGACCCAAUUGAUGGUUUGAUCAAACAAAGUGGAGCCUUAGAUAUCCAUUCCAAUUGUUGUAUUCAGGAGGAAUUCAAAGAGUUGUUGAAGCCCGCAUGCUUUCCCACUCCAGCUAUGGCAUCAACAACAGUGGAAGUACAGAUGGCAGAGGCAGCCACCUUGCUAAAUCCAGCAACCACACAUGGAAAAUCUGAAGAUGGUGAAACAUCCUAGCAGUAAAUUUCUCAAAGGCAGGUGUUUACUUGGAGACAAUUCUUAAUUUACCAUCUUAUUAGCUGUUUCGCUUCCAUGUUUGAGAAGGAUCUGACAGCUUCACUCCAUGUUUCUUGUUAGGGUUUCCUGUUGGAUGUAAAUUGUACAAGUGUGUGCAAUUCAGACUUACAGGUUCAAACAUGCGAUAACGGGAGGACAGAGAUCUUCUUGUUCGAACGUGCAUUUUAUGCCCAUAUGUCCAUUUUUAUAUCACUGAUAAUCCAUUUGUUUUUUCUUUCUUUUUUCCGUAGUUUUUGUCUAGAAUUUUUGCAGCAACCUCUGGGGCUGUACAUGUUUAUGGUCAGUGCAUGUAGCAGCUAUAUUUCCUUCUAGUUACUCUUGUAUAUUAAACACAUGACUCCAAGACGAGAAAAGUGGAAACUGAUGCAGGGUGAUGUUUUUUA